UUGCAUAAACAACAUAACACAUCUGCUUCAAACGUAUACUUCGCAAAGAAUCAUUACAAUCGUUCGAUUUAAUUCGCGUACAUUCUGUCUAAAAAUCAUUUCUCCGCGAUGCCAAAGCCGUAGUGAAGCCAACCAAGCCCGGCGCCAUGGCCACAGCCCGAAUUACCGACGAAUACCCGAUCACCUACGAUGCAACGAAGGCGCCGGUGCCCUACGGCCGCUGGGCCCCGGGACUCAUCACAAGGUGGCUAACCUCCAGACAAGUGUAUGAGAAGCAGCGCACGCUCUUCACGCUUUGCGACUACCUGCACGACCCCGAACACAUCACCUGCUGUCUGCAGACAGGUCUGGUGACAGUGCUCUGUCGUCUGCUGGAGGACGAUGACUCGAUUGUCCGCCACAAGUCGGCGCAGUGUCUGGGCGUGAUCGCUGGACAUGCCGUCGGUCGUGAGGACCUCCUGCGGCGGGAUGCGCUGACCCACCUCAGCUGGCGCUUCGGCGACUCUGUGCCCCUGGUCCGCCGCAACGCCCACCAGGUGGUAACGGCGCUGCUGAAGACGCCGGAGGGCGUGGAGGCCGGCCUGGCCUGCGACCUGAUCCCGCAGCUGUUGUCUCACCUGCUGACAGAGCUGGGGGAGAUCAUGCUGCUCUGCCUGACCUCGCUGCAGCCGCUGCUUAGAGAGGACCCCCGCCGCGGUCUGGUUCUGGGCGGCGUGCGCACCAUGAACCAGCUCUUGCUGUCCGAGGUGUCCUCGAUCCGCGCCGCAGCCGCCGCCUGCCUCCACUACCUCUGCCUGCCGACGCAGGGCAAGAAUGAGGCCACCGCGCUGGGCUCUCUGCCGUUGCUGGUCCGACUGCUGAAAGACUGGGACUCGGCGGUGCGCACGCAGGCGGCCGCCGCCGCCGGCGCCGUGCUCGUCACCACGCCGGCCAAGAUGCUGGCCAUGCAGCUGCCCAUGCUGGAUCACCUGCUGGCGCUGACGCGGGAGGGGGACGUGCCCGAGGCGCGCAUGCUGGCGCUGCAGGCGCUGGCCACGCUGGCCUCCCACCCAGAGGCCAGACGCCGGCUGCGGGCCGAGCGUGACGUGCUGGAUGAUGCGAGCCAAAGUCCGAACGAAGGCGUCAGCCGGUGCGCGGCCCGCGCCCUGGAGGAGGUCCUCUGGGACCCGUGAGAGGUCCUCUGGGA